UUCAGGGAUAUCAUGUCCAUUUACAAGGAACCGCCCCCAGGAAUGUUUGUUGUGCCUGAUCCCCAUGACAUGACCAAGAUUCAUGCAUUGAUCACAGGCCCAUUUGACACGCCUUAUGAAGGGGGUUUCUUCUUGUUCCUGUUUCGCUGUCCUCCAGAUUAUCCCAUCCACCCACCAAGGGUCAAACUGAUGACAACGGGAAAUAACACAGUGAGGUUUAACCCCAACUUCUACCGCAAUGGGAAAGUCUGCCUGAGUAUUCUAGGCACUUGGACCGGGCCUGCAUGGAGCCCAGCACAGAGUAUCUCUUCAGUCCUCAUCUCCAUCCAGUCUCUGAUGACUGAGAACCCUUAUCACAACGAACCUGGCUUUGAGCAGGAGAGGCACCCCGGGGACAGCAAGAACUAUAAUGAGUGCAUUCGGCAUGAGACCAUCCGAGUAGCAGUGUGCGACAUGCUGGAAGGAAAGUGUCCCUGUCCUGAGCCAUUACGGGGCGUAAUGGAAAAAUCCUUCAUGGAAUACUACGACUUCUAUGAAGGGGUGUGUAAAGAGAGACUUUAUCUCCAAGGACAGACAAUGCAGGAUCCUUUUGGUGAAAAACGAGGCCACUUUGACUAUCAGUCCUUAUUAGUGCGUUUGCAAGGAAUUCGGCAGAAGGUGCAAGAGAAACACCAGCAGGAGAAUACAGAAAUAGACUCUGAGAGCAGCUCCUCUGAGACAGAGACAGACACUCAAGGUUGCUCUAAAGCUUAGAGCUGCGUUAACAGUGGAGAGGCCAAGCCGCGGGGAUGUUCUGUCUUCACACUCUAGAGUACCCCUGACAGACUCGACAACCAAACCAAUGCCAGAGCAGAGAAAACUGCGGGAUAUCUUCUGUCUCCUUUUACUGCUCUGGUGGAUAACGCUGAAUGAGAAGAUGUCAUGCUAGACAAAGCCAAGCUUGUGACAGGCUACUCUUAAAAGGUACUUACUAUGCUAGAAAGCCGGAGCAUGUGGCAUCAGGUUAUUUUUUGGAAACACCUACACUGGUUGUUUUUUUUUCUGUUGGUGUUUUUUUUUUUUUUUUUCUUCUCCAUUUGAUUAAAGAAUGAGAUCUACACUGCGAA